AUGGGCAGCAGAACAGAAUCAACAAGGUGGAUGCUGGAUAGCAUUGAAAUUGAUAGGAUGGUGGAAGUUCCUAUCAAUGAAGAGCAAAAAAACACCUUACCGCCCAAAGGACAUGAUGACGCAUCACUUAUUAGGAGUGCAAGUAAUCUUGGGGCAUCCCUCAGAAGGACUACAAGCAGUGCCUUGAAGAAGAGUGGCAUUCUCUCUGCAAAACCUCCUCUCCCCAAGAUGGAAAGGACAGCAUCAUCUGCUGCAAGAGGGCUUAAAAGCCUGAGGUUUCUUGAUAGAACAAUGACAGGAAAGGAAAUGGAUGCGUGGAGAUCCAUCGAAAGGCGCUUCGAUCAGUUUGCAGUUGAUGAAAGGCUCCCUAAGGAAAAAUUUGGAAUAUGUGUUGGACUAGGAGAUUCAAAAGAGUUUGCAGGAGAAAUAUUUGACGCAAUUGCCAGGCGUAAGAAUAUUUUUACCGCAAAUGGGAUAACAAAAGAUCAGCUAAAAUUGUUUUGGGAAGACAUGACUAAACAAGAUCUGGAUUCCCGACUCGGAAUAUUUUUUGAUAUGUGCGACAAGAAUGGCGAUGGGAGGUUAUCGGAGGAGGAAGUGAAGGAGGUUAUAGUGUUAAGUGCAUCUGCAAACAAGCUCACCAAUCUUAAACAGCACGCGGCAGUCUAUGCAGCUCUAAUCAUGGAAGAACUUGAUCCUGAUCAACGCGGAUACAUAGGGCUAUGGCAGCUAGAAACUCUACUAAGAGGAAUGGUGAAUAAUGAAGAUCAAAUUCCCCCGGAGCUCAAUAGAAGAACACAGACUCUCACAAGAGCCAUGAUCCCAAGAAAAUAUCGGACUCCUGCCACCAAAUUCUUGUCCCUGUCAUUAGAAUUUAUUUAUGAGAACUGGAGGAGAAUAUGGGUUAUCACGUUGUGGUUAGCUGUAAACUUGGCACUUUUUAUUUGGAAAUUUCAGGAAUUCGAGAAAUCAUCCCUAUUCAAAAUCUCAGGUUAUUGUGUCUGUCUUGCCAAGGCUUCCGCAGAGACUCUCAAGUUGAAUAUGGCUCUCAUUCUUCUUCCUGUUUGCAGAAGGACACUCACUAGGCUUAGAUCAACGUUUCUCGGCACCUUUAUCCCUUUCGAUGACAACAUAAAAUUUCACACCUACAUGGCAUUUGCCAUAGUCGUUGGGACUGUAGUUCAUACUCUGGCACAUGUGCUUUGUAAUAUUCCAUUGUUGACUUCAUGCCCAAGAGACAAAUUCAUGGCAUAUGCUGGACCAUUGUUCCAUUACCAACAGCCAGAUUAUUGGUUCUUCAUAGGAAGCAACGUCGGCGUAACUGGAAUUCUGAUUAUCCUCAUAAUGGGUUUCUCAUUUACGUUGGCCACACAUUAUUUCCGAAAGAAUGUCGUUAGGUUACCGGGAACAUUUCACAAAUUGGCAGGGUUUAAUGCCUUUUGGUAUGCACAUCAUUUGCUGGCCUUGGCAUAUGUUCUAUGCUUUCUGCAUGGCCACUUCUUAAUCUUUGAAAAGCCUUGGUAUGCCAAAACGACAUGGAUGUAUCUCAUUGGCCCAGUAUUGUUCUAUGCCACUGAGAGAGUCUUGACAAAAUAUCAGGAACACCAGCAUCAGGUUGAUGUCAUGAAGGCAAUUAUAUAUGCAGGGAAUGUUCUAGCUCUAUACUUGAGCAAACCUCCAGGAUUUAAGUACGAAAGUGGAAUGUACCUCUUCAUCAAGUGCCCGAAUUUGUCAAGUUUUGAAUGGCAUCCCUUUUCCAUCACUUCUGCACCAGGAGAUAACAAUCUGAGUGUCCACAUAAGAACCGUGGGUGAUUGGACUACAGAACUCAAAAAUUUAUUUGCAAAGAAAAUGUUAAAUUUUGCAGGUCUGCGAGGCCCCCCGGCUGUGAAACAAAAAAAGGAAAGGCUGCAGAGAUUGGAAACAAAAGCAAUGUCCAACGCAAACUUUGAUGAGAUACAAGCAACGUUUCCAAAGAUCCUGAUCAAAGGACCAUUUGGAGCCCCAGCACAGAAUUACAAAAAGUUUGACAUACUAUUGCUCAUAGGUCUAGGAAUCGGAGCGACUCCAUUUAUCAGCAUUUUGAAGGAUCUCCUUAAUAACAUCAAACCAAAUGCAGCAGAGUCGACGAGGAACCAACGAAUGGGGUCACUUAAUAAAAAGGGUCCAGGAAGAGCAUACUUUUACUGGGUCACAAGAGAACAAAGCUCUUUCGAUUGGUUUAAGGGUGUCAUGGACGAUAUCGCAGACUAUGAUGAUGGGAAUAUAAUAGAAAUGCACAACUUCUUGACUAGUGUAUAUGAAGAAGGAGAUGCAAGGUCUGCACUUAUUGCCAUGGUACAAAAACUGCAGCAUGCAAAGAAUGGACUUGAUGUUGUCUCCCAAAGUCGGAUAAGAACGCAUUUUGCAAGGCCCAACUGGAGAAAGGUGUUUACUCAAAUGGCAGACAAACAUAAGUCUUCUCGAAUAGGUGUCUUCUACUGUGGAAGUGCUCUACUUGUCAAGCCUCUGAGGGAGCUUUGCCAAGAAUUUACUCUAAAUUCAACAACCCGUUUCCAAUUUCACAAAGAGAACUUCUAA